AGAACAGUUCGCAAUUUGUAUGUUACGUGUAUGUACUAUAUACACAUAGUGUCGACGAAUAAUAAUGUAAUGUUCCAUAUUAUUCGGAAUGACAAUUUGACGUGCAUGUGACGUCGGUCAUUUUUAACUGUAUCGUACGAUGUGCGCUUAACGAUCCCAUCAUAGGAACGAGAUGGGUACGUUGCAUUUCUCGCUGAUAAAAGUACAACGUACAUAUGCUUACAAUGUACAUACGCAUUACAAGUUAAAUAAAAUGUCCGAGUUGAUGGAUAAUUCUACAGAAAAGAUCGAUGUAAUCCUUCCCAGGCAGGGUUUAUUGUACCAGGAAGCGAAUUUGGACUACAUACUUUGUAAGCCGAAAUUGAUUCCACUGAAAUCAGUCACCUUAGAGAAGUUAGAGAAGAUGCAAAAGGAUGCUGAACUGAAGAUCAAAGAGGCCGAAGAACACACCGAGACAGAUAAUAACGAAUAGGAUAAUAACGAGUGAUAACAAAAGUUAUGAUUGUAAAGUUAUGGUGAGAUAAAGUCGACCGGAUCACCAACAUGGUUCUCGGAAUAUUU